AUGCCAAUCAUCAGAAGUCGGGUUGAUGGGAGAAUAAAUGAACAUACUGGCCGAAGAUUACUGCCGCGAGACUCUUUACCACAACAGCUGCAGACCGCCCUACCAGCAUGUGCACAACCAUGUCUCACAAACUACAUACAUCAACAAUACCCCGGCUGCUCCGGUAGCAGCAGUAUUGACUGCUUCUGCACCAACUACAGCUAUGAUGGCUACACACUUGGUGAACUGGCUUUCAUCUGUGUGCAGGAGGAUUGCUCCGGACCAUCACAGACACAACAGCAGAAUGCAUACGGCGUAUGCUCUGCUCAAACGAGUGCAGUGGCGGCGACUCAUAGCACACUCACAUUACCAGCAGCUGCGACGAGUACCUCUUCGAGCGCCACACGCUCGAGCAGUUCCUUGCAUACCACGAGCACGUCAGCAGCGGUGAUUGCAUCACAAUCUGGGACAGCCACCCAGUCCUCUUCGACCGCUUCUUCGCUUGCAACCUUCACAGUUAGUCCUACCUCACUUCUAGCAAGCUCAACAUCGGCGCCGUCAACAUCUUCCACAGCUGCUGCAACCAGCACGGCUGGGAAUGGAGCUGUUGCGGCCUCCACGCCUGGCUCCUCAAAUCUGAGCAGUCUAGCAGCUGUUGACGUCAGUAUUGGUGCAUUCGGCGGACUCGCCGUGAUCAUGACCCUCGUCUGGUGCUGCAUUCGAGCGAGACGGCAGAAAGGCAUCUGCAAGUCUCCCAAGUCACCACACGAUUCUUACGACUUUGUUGACGAUGCACCACCUCGAUUCUCGCCUUUCAACUACACAUAUGCAGACCCUCGAGGACCCUUGGGCGGUCUCAGUGGACGACGAGCCGAGCUACCUACAGACAAGAGGGCCAAAAGCGAAUGGUAUCAUCAGCAGUUUCCAGAAACUGCCCAAAACGAGAAGACUGAUGCUCUUCGACUUUUCCAUGGACCACACCACUCUCCAGCUGUGAACAGAAGCAACGAGACCUUGCGCACUGUUUCACAGCUCUUGCCCGAGAAGCCAGGCGAAACGCCACCACGACCUUCGACUAAGCAAUUCACUCCCACGAUGAGAUCGCCCGAGACUUUCUUCGAGGAGUAUCGGCAGCCUGGUCUGGCAGCUGCUACGAUGUCUUCUGGGCAUGUUCCACCCAUGCCAUCGCGAACAAAGCAGAAUUCGCCCAUUGCGCCGCUAAGCCACGAUACCACAGUUCCCGAGAGUCGCAGACCACCCACGACUCAAGCACACGGACCAGCACCACCAGUGCUGAGUCCGGACACUAGAAAUCAACCAGUUCAACGCUCCUUCACAACUUCGCCAGAAGAUCUCAAGCCACCUACGCUGUCAGUCAAGCCGCCAAGAAAAGCUUCUCGUUCUGUGCUCAGGGUGCCAUUGCCUAUCAGAGUCUCCUCUCCACCAUUCGAAACACGUAAAGUAGAUGCACCGCCAAAGUCUGGCACCUCUUCCAAGUCCGGUGGCAGCUUUCUGGACUACUAUGCCAGUCCUGAAAUCGACCUAGGUGUUGGACCACUAGGCUCACCUCUCACACCCAUCUCACUCGAGCCACAACGGCGUGGCAAAGCUCCGCCAGCCGCUAUCACGGUCACAAAACCGACAUAUCCACCUCGAGCAGUGCGUCGUGGUUCCAGUAAACGAGAGUCCGCCGGAAGUGAUACCAGCUUCGAGAGCACGGAUCCAGAUGAGCCAACGCCACCAGAUGAAGAGGACAAGCAGCUCAGUCCAGUGGCCGAGCACUCUCCCAUAGCACGAGUGAAGUACCCAAAGAUACCUCGAAGCUCAAAUCAAGCCAUACCGCGGAGUCCGCCCAUGCAGAUGCCAUCGCCAACAUAUUCGCCAAGUCGAGGUAGAAGAACACAGCAAUCGCAAGACGAUCGCGCUGGGCUCCCAAGCCGUGCUCGACCCUUGCAGCCAACGACGCCAGAACAUCAGAUCAGCUCGCCUACUUCGAGUCUCGGCGGGACGACUCUGGCGGCCAAACGUCGAGGUGAUAGUGCUGAGGCUGACAAGAGAUUGUUCAUCGAUACCUCUCAUCUGCGCUCAGCAAGUCGUCAACCAGUCGAGGACAAGACCGCGGCUACCCCACCACGCAUCAGUAGUGCGCAGAAUGGCAGGCACGACUCUCCGCUCAAAGGCUACGGCCGAGUCACAAGCGCCGCAUCAGGACGGCCACCAUUGAGUGGCGGACGCCGCCGCACGAACACAUCCUCGAAUGUCAUACUCACACCUGAGAUGAAGUCGCCUGGUCCCACCGCCACGGUAGUACAAUAUGUCCACGGCCCAGACGGACAAACACAUCAGCAAGUCGUGCUCAAGAGUCCACUGUGGGAACCUAAGUUGACACCUCGCCGACAUGGAGAGGAUCUGUAUCUGGAGGUGGGGAUGGCGAGUCCUGGGGUGGUCAGUCCUACUUCGGCUACUAAGACGCCUGUUGGGCAAGCGCCCAUGAAGUCGCCGUUGACGAGGGUGCAGAAUGUGCCACGAUGA